AGCAAAAGUUCUUUUUGCGCCUCUUCGUGCGCAACUAUCAAUAGCUCGUCAUUGCUAUCAAUAGCUCUCCAACAAGACAGCAACUUCCGCAACGCCUUCAACUCUGCUGCAACUGCAUCGCAUUCCGUCCGAGCCAUAGGCGUCGUUGUCUCAAGUUGAGACCUUCAACUAACACUCGAGUACGGCCUCCAUGUCGGGCGAGUCGUCGCCGUCCGUGCCUCCACCGUCGGCCCCGGCUCAUCCGCCGUCCAGCGCCUGUAGACCCAAGCGCCAGACCUUUUCACGAUUCCUACGUCGCUCUCCGUAUGGCGAGCGCCGGUCACGCGCCGUGGCGCCCGCAGAUAACGCCGCCCAUGCACAUUCAAGUGCAGAAGGACACACACGCAAGCGACGCGGCGCUGGGGGCAAUGACCUCGCCACACGGAGACAGAGCGGCGCAACGCACGUGCGUUCAAUGCACCGCGUUCGCUUGGCGGUAGGCGAGUUCAUGCGGCAAUUAAGCGUCGAGCUAUUCUUCGUCAUGAUCGUGCUGUUCUACGGCGUCUUUGUGACGGUGCAGCUCACCAUGGCGGACGACACGCUGUCGUCAUACAAACUGGCGAUUGACGUGACGGACAUCACUGUGGGCUCCAUUUUACUUUUGGAGAUCUUACUCAAAGUGUUUGCCUACGGAUUGCACUAUUUGAAAGAUGUAUGGGCACUGUUUGACGCCCUGGUGAUCGUCGUCAGCUUCGUACUGGGCGUUGUAGCCGCCAUGGGGACCACAUCCACGGUUGUAGUAAAGAUUCUAAGACUACGCGUGAUUCUGCGUGUACUGAGAGUUUUGGUGGUGUUUGAGAGAGUGAAACAGAGAUCCAAGUCCAUGAACCUCAUGCAUUUAAACAAGGGAGCCAUCACGUCGCCCGUCGAACAGGUAUUGCGGAUUUUAAACGAACUGAGGUUCCAUCCAGCCAUCCGUCCGUCGUUGAGGGAUGGACUGGACUUUGCUAUCGACACUAUCAAGAAUAACAGACUGUACGACGCCAAUGAGGAAUUAUUGGCAGUGGAAGGAGUCGAUGACGAUACCCAGAACUGGUUACGUGGUGAGAUGCUUCGAGGAAAUGACAUGAACAAAGUACUGCCCGAUGCUACUGCUGAAGACGAUGAGAAUGAUCCGAAUCGUAAGCGUCGACGCUCAUCCGUCGGUAGCUCGUGCUCUGAAGGGGAGGGCGUCAAUGAUGGUGUUAGUGGCAGCUCGGAUGGUCGCGAAUCCAAAUCCUCGUCACCCCAUCGACACCACCAUGAACGCUCGCUCUCUCAUUCAAAUCGAGGAGCAACAAUGCGCGACCUUCUUCCAGUUUUGGACUCAGCAUCCGAUUUUGAGUUGCAGAAUCUGCUUCAAGGUUUAAAUUCCUGGAACUUUGACGUGUUCCGAGUGCACAUUGUAUCGGGUGGGAACGCAUUGAGUUACAUCGGCCACCAUCUUCUCUGUGACGCACCUUGUCAAGCUUUAAAUAUUGAGAGCAGCUUACUCGUGAACUUCCUAUUAGAGAUCCAACGCGGAUAUAUCGCCACAAAUCCCUAUCACAAUGCCAUCCACGCGGCCGAUGUGAUGCAGAGUGUGCACUAUUUCCUCACCCAGCCAGAACUGCAGCCAUAUUUGCGUCCUCUCGAUCGUGCUAUAUCCCUCAUCGCUGCAGGAGUCCACGACUUCAUGCAUGAUGGCUUUAACAACGGCUUCCACAUCUCAACAGCGUCCGAUAUUGCACUGCGAUAUAACGACCAUGCAGUGCUGGAAAACUAUCAUGUGGCUCAGUCUUUCUUGGUGAUGAAGAAUGCGGAUCUCAAUGUACUGGGCCAUCUAGCGCCAGACGACUUCAAGUACGCGCGUGAUAUGAUCAUUCAGAUGGUUUUAGCAACGGACAUGGCAAAGCACUUCGAAGACGUCGCACUAUUCAAGACUAACAUUUUAUCGGCUGCUUUAGACGAAGGUGCUGUAUUGGUGAAGAAUAUAGGCGACAAGAAGCUGUUACUCAAAAUGAUUCUUCACACUUGUGAUGUCUCUAACCCAGCCAAAGAGCGCGAGACAAUGUUGCGCUGGACCGAUCGAGUGGUGGAAGAGUUUUUCAUACAGGGAGAUAUGGAGAAGCAGCUUGGACUCCCCGUCUCGCCCUUCAUGGACCGAGACACGAUCGUAAUCAAAAAGAUGCAGGUCGGUUUUGCCGACUUCAUUGUUUCGCCGCUCUUCAGCGUUUGGGCGCAAAUCCUUGUCAAUGUCAACACUACGGCGUACCGCUGUUUACUUGCGAAUCGCGAGUUCUGGGCGUCACUUUCUGAAGACUUUAAACCACACAUGAUCAAGGACGUAAUUAGAGACCUCGGUGUACGGCGGCAACGCGACACUCUAACACAGAGUACAAUCCCGGAGGAGCAGGUAUCGCCGCGAUCACGCCGCAGCGUCACCAAUAUGCUGCUUGGGACAGAUGACGGGUGAUCAGACAAAGAGGUUAUUAAAUCUUUGGCAGAUUUUCGUUAAAAAACUUAGACUUUAUUUCGCUAAUGCGUAGUAUUUGUUGGCGACUG